AUGGAUCAUAUACCGUCGUUGCCCAAGUCCAUCAAGGGGAACACCGAACUGCUCAUUUGGGUCGACCUUUUCUCGGGAUAUGUGAUUGCAAAGGCUAGCUCCUCUCGGACGGCACAAACAAUAGCGGAGAAUUACGAAGAAUGUGUGUUUCGACGCUUCGGAGCUAGCGAGGCUAUCAGGCACGAUCGAGAACCGGGAUUUAUGUCCGACUUCUUUCGAGCCUUCAGUCGGAUCGUAGGACAAAAACAGCGUGCUACUAUGGCUUACAGGCCACAAGCAAAUGGAACAGCCGAACGAAUGGUGCAAACCCUGACACAUUCGCUCAAGAUGUACGUGGCUGAAGUUGACCAGCGAGACUGGGAUGAGUAUGCUGAGCGGCUCACCUUUGCCAUUAACACUGCACAAGAUCGGAUCCGGGGGAUACCCCAUUUUAUCUGA